GCCUUGUUUUGGGGACCAUUGAAGUUUGGUUUUAUCUGGUUUUACGAGUUCUAUAGGCUCUAGGGUUUGUUGACGGGUCCAUUUGGUGCGAGUUUAGUCUUUGACUCUGGUUCAAGGAUGGUGACUGAAAGUAUAUAUCUCGUCCCCGCAAUCGACAGUCAGAAUCAAACGCUCUUUCGUAGAGCCCAGUCCUUUGACGAAGACGAAGUCAAACAAACGGAGAGAAAGAGGUAUAAGAGCUGAUGAAUGGACACGAUGUCACAAACAAAGGAACAAGGAGUGAGCAACUGACAACCAUUGAAACAACAGCCGUCAGCCUCGGCUAUUUCCCCUCUAACAACUCCCCAACCGACGCAAGCGCAUAGAUAUGCGUCUGUAGUCGACUGAUUCCUCUGUCCAUACUUCAUACCACAUGAUCCCAUUCCAGCCCCAGACCCAACAAUUCACCCACGAUAUAACACAAGAAGUCUCCUAAGACAAAAUGCCUGUCCCCACCACCCGGGAAUACAACGAAUUGGACGAGUUCGAGCGUCACGUCCACAGCUUAACCGAGGGACCUCCGCCAUCGGACCCGGACAACAAAACAUGGGACUACUCCCCGCACGCCUGCAACCUGCGCUUCGAGUCCGCGACCCGGGGUGCCGGUGCCGCCCCCGCACGAUGCUCCUACCUCUUCACCACCGUCCCGGCGCUCUGCAACUUCGCCGGCAACCUGCACGGCGGAUGCGCCGCCACCAUGGUGGACUGCCUCACCUCGGUGCUGAUCCUGGCGCUCUCGAGCCCCGGCCGCUUCGCGACGGCGGGGACCACGCGCAACCUCCACUUGACCUACAUCCGUCCCGUGCCCGUGGGAACGGAGAUGCGGAUCAUCUGCGAGAUGGUCAAUAUGGGCCAGCGGAUGGCGCUGGUGAAGGCGGAGCUCUGUCGUGUGGAGGAUGGCAAGGUCUGUAUUGUGGCGGACCAUGAGAAAGUCAAUUUGGAUGGCUCGUCGAUGUGAAGUGGGCUGGCUGGGUUGGCUGGGAGGGAGUGUUUUGUUGUUGCACCCGUCGACUAGCGCUUGUUGUACUACUUCCUCUUCUCCCUCUAUUUACAGAGUCGUUAUUUGUGACCUUCGAGACCCUACUGCUGCGGUCUUCUGUGUUGUGGACGCCACUUAGGAUAGAGCAUUUU